UGUACUGUAUUCACCUCCAAUCAUGGCCGCCGUAGGGAAACAAGUAAAGCAGUUAAUGGAGAAAACUGGCAAUUUCUUCAAGAUUUACAAACAACAUGGAGGUGUCAUAGGAAACUUUUUGCAGAUCUAUAGAACUGAUGAACUGAAACUAGGAAAUGAAGUAGGUCAAGACAAAUAUGGCAAUAAGUAUUAUGAAAACAACAUGUAUUUCUAUGGUCGUAACCGCUGGGUUCAGUACAGUCCAGGAGUGAAUAUGGAUUACGAUGGAAGUCAAAUCCCUGCUGAAUGGCAUCGCUGGAUGCACUAUAUCACUGACAAGCCUCCUACAGAAGCGCCACCUGUUGACAGAAAAUGGAUCAUUGAUCACACAGAAAAUCUUUCGGCUUCGGACAAGGCUUAUGUACCAUUUAGUACCACUAAGCCAAAAAUAGAAAGUUGGGUACCACCCCAAGUUGCAAAGAAAUAAAAGGAGUGUCCCUUAGGAAAUUUUAGAAAUAUGAUGUAUAACUUUAGGAUUUUAUUUAUUUCGAGAUUUAUAGGAGGAAUUUAAACUGCAUAUAUUCUCUGUGUUGCCAAAGGAUUUGGAUUGAUAAGAACAACGGUCAUUGAAUUUUAAUAUGCUGUACAUCGGACAAAAUAUGGACCUUGGGAAAACGAUAACUACAUGUAUCCACUUUUCGGAGAAUAUUUGCAAAACUUGGAUUAAUUGGAGAUAACCUGACAAGCUUGUUACAUGCAUGAAUGCUGAAUAUGUAAUGUAACAUCUCAAAAUAUUUUUAAUACAGGGUGGGCCAAAAAUGGGACACUCAAAUACAUAUGUUACACAUGGUUCAUCCAUUUGGUCCUUAAUGAUCAGUGUCCCAUUUUAUGACCCACCCUCAUGGGAUUUAGUUUCAUAUUUAAAUGUUGUUAUCAUGCCAUUGUGUAGCCUAGCAUAGAUUCUUUAGAUUGAAUUGUGUUAUAUUUACUGUUUUAUAUUAGCAAUAUUUGCCAUAGCACCAAGUGAACUCAUGUGCUCCUGGAGCUGAGAAUAAGACAAUAUUAGUUUUCUCUUCAACAAAAUGCAACAAAAUAUAUUUCAAGAGUUU